AUGGAUAGCGAGGAAGAUUUAUUUGAAAUCUUGAAAAAAUAUUUUAAUCACACAAAAUUCAAAUCGGACAUACAGAAAAAUGCUAUUAAAUCUAUUUUAUCAGGAAAAAAGGAUGUUUACAUUUCAAUGCCCACGGGAUCUGGUAAAUCACUCUGUUAUCAGCUACCAGGAUUAGUUAAAGAGAAUAAAGUGACUAUCGUGAUAUCUCCUCUGAUUGCUUUAAUUAAAAAUCAGAUAGAUUACCUAAUAUCUCGAAAGAUUAGAGCACAUUCAAUAAAUUCAACGACGGGUUCAAAGGAACGAGAUCAAAUAUUGGGAGAUUUAAAGGCAAAAAAGACUGAAACUAAAUUCCUAUACAUAACACCAGAACAAGCGGCUACUAGCACAUUUCAAGACUUGUUUAAAGUUCUCGUCAAAUUCCAGAAAAUUGCAUUUGUUGCUGUAGACGAAGCUCAUUGUGUAUCUUGUUGGGGUCACGACUUUCGUAAAGACUAUCUUAAACUGGGAAAGUGGAGAAAAGAGUAUCCGUCAAUUCAAUGGAUAGCACUAACAGCCACAGCACCAGUAAAAGUUCGAAAGGACAUUCUUGAAAACUUGGGAUUUAGGAAUGCAGAAAUAUUUCAAGUAUCAUGCUUUCGCAGUAAUUUAUAUUAUGAUAUAAUUUACAAAAACUCAAUGCGUGAUGAUUUCAUUGAACUUAAUGAUUACAUUAAUAAAUGCUUAUCAAAAGAAAUGUCACAAAAGGAUCUUAAAGGAACCGAAAAGCCGUGUGCUAUAGUCUAUUGCCGAAAGAAAGAGACAACAGAAAGUGUAGCUCUCGGGCUUAGAAAACAGGGAUUAGCUUGCAAAGCGUUUCAUUCUGGACUUAAGACGUCAGAAAAAGAGAAAAUCCAAGACGAAUGGAUGAAUGGUAUUAUAUCUGUUAUCGUUGCAACAAUAAGUUUCGGAAUGGGAAUAGAUAAGGCACAAGUAAGAUUAGUUGUACACUGGGAUAUUAGUCAAAAUAUCGCCGCAUUUUAUCAGGAAUCAGGUAGAGCAGGCAGAGAUGGAAAAAAGUCUUAUUGUAGACUGUAUUAUGAUCGAGACGAAGUCAAGAGUAUUACAUUUUUGCUGAAUCAAGACUUGAAUAAAUGCAAGGAUGAGAAAUCAGAUAAAUACUUAAGAGCGAAAAAUACAAUAAAAGAAUUCGGAAAGAUGGUCGAUCACUGUGAAAGUGCAACAUGCAGACAUCUCUUAUUUACAGAAUAUUUUGGUGAUCCAAAGCCUAAAUGUCUCGAAAUGUGUGAUCAUUGUAAGAAUAAGAGUAAAUGUGUCGAAAAGCUUCAAGUAUUUCACAAACUCUCUGUUGGAUAUUCUACGCAUGCUAAGAAUCCAGCAGAUGACGAUCCAUCAGAUCUUUAUGAAGGUGGCCGUUCACAUAAUUCAAGGAGAGGUGGAUUUGAUGAUUAUAAUGAUAACGAUAGUGACGGAAGUGGGUCUUAUCAAAAGCCUGAUAGAAAGGCUGAACGGACAUUUAUUGAGAAGCAAUUUGCAUUGAGAAAAAUGCAAGCAGCAGCAGCAAUGAGCAUGAACGAAUCAACAUCAAUCUCGCGUGUAAGAAGUGCAGGCUCGACAGAAACAAAAGUUUCUGGUUUAACAACAUCCACUCGCGAACAAAAUUUAACGCUAUUGACGUCAGUUUUAAAGAAUAAUAUGGAAAAAUGUGCUCUAUAUAAUCCACCUGAUAAUCCAUUGCAUCCUUUAGCUUAUAAAGAUCUUGAGGAUAUAGCCAUAGAAAUUGAAUAUAAUUGUUUUAAUUCAUGUAAAGCAAUCAGCAUUUAUCGACGAAAUAUUGCAAAGGAGGUGCACAAUAUUAAAAGUUCCAGUGGAUUGUUUACAGGCACAAAAAAUCAUAUACCUCAGAAGCAUAAAUCUCAUGGUGGAGAUUAUAAAACGAUAGUAAGUGACUUAAAAGAUCGUUAUGGAAAGGAUGUAAUUAAUGAAUUGGAGGAUGAGAUUCAACAAAAGAAUAAUAAUAAUAGUAAGAACUCAAAGAAAAACAACAAAUUGACUAAAGACACACAAAGCUAUAAGGAUGGCAAGACUCAAUCGAAAAUAAAUGAAUUUUUCACAAAAAACAAACCUGAUCCGGACAUAAUUGAAAUAUCAUCACAAGACGAUGACAAUAAUGACUUAAUGAUAGUAACUGAAGACGAAAAUAAUGAUGAUGACAAUGACGACAACGAACUUGACGAUCCGGAAAUAAUGAAAUUAGAACUAAAGAAGCAAGAUUUGGUCAGUGAACUUGAAAUGUUAUCAACAAACGAUGAAAAAAGUCAAGACGAUGACAUAAUAGAGAUUCAUGAAACGAAAAUAGAAAAGGCUGACGAUAAUGAUAACUUUUCAUUCGAUCAAGUCCGAAAAAACAGCGAUUUGAAGCGAAAAAUGGAAGAUCCAACAUUUGAUAAGAGUCCAAUCAAGAAGAUCCGAAUGGAAAAUGAUUUUCGAAAAGCAUCAGAUAUGUUGACAGCAACAGCAUCAUCGGGUUCGGACGAUACGGAGAAGAAAAGAAAGCGCAAUAAAAAUAAAAUAUCCGAAAUUGUUGUUAAUUCACUCAAUACCUUUUAUCGCGAGAAGAAAAUCACAGGACCGGACCCAAAAGGCUUAUUUAAAUUAAUGGCAAGAAAAAUCACUCAUCAUUUUUAUGAAAGCGAUUCUGAUCAUGUUCCUGAAAGUAAACUCAUUAAGAAUUUCGUCUGUGAGAUAUUUUACAACUGUGGUGUCAUUUCAUCGGAAGCUGAUUUCAAACUUGAUGAUUAA